CAGAGUCCCUCCUUCAUAAUUUGCAUUACAAAGAUGCCCUCAAUGGCGGGAAACGCGUGCCAUGCCGAGCUUUGAAGGCAUUCGUUAAUUUUUAGGGUUUUUGAAAAGCCAUAAUUGUUUUUCCUCCAGACGAAUUUUUUUUCUCCUGAGAACGUUCACAGUGGAAAACAAUGCCAAUCUACAAGAUCAGGGGGAUCGAUGUCGAUUUUCCGUUCGAGGCGUACGAUUGCCAAUUGGUUUAUAUGGAGAAAGUCAUACAGUCACUGCAAGAUAAAUGUAAUGCAUUACUGGAGAGUCCUACUGGAACUGGAAAAACCUUGUGUCUUCUGUGUGCUACAUUGGCAUGGAGGAAAAGUUUGGGUGCUUUCUCCACUGGAAAGUUUGAAGAAAAAGGCCAGAUUAUGGGAAGCCAACAAUCAGAUAUUUCAUCAUCACAGUCUGCAGCAACAAAGCUCCCAACUAUAGUAUACACUUCACGCACUCACAGUCAACUCCAACAAGUGAUUCAAGAGUUAAAAAGAACUAAUUACAGGCCCAAAAUGGUAGUAUUAGGGUCUCGGGAACAAUUGUGCAUUCAUGAUGAUGUGCAGCUACUUCGUGGGAGAGCGCAAACCAAUGCCUGCCAUUCCCUUUGUAGAAAGGACAGUAAACGCCGUUGUUCCUAUUAUGCUCGUGUUGGAGAGUUCGUGAAGAAAAAUCCCAGUCUUGGAGAUGAUCCUAUCGACAUAGAGGACUUGGUCAACAUUGGAAGAACCCAGGGGCCGUGCCCCUAUUAUAUAUCACGAGAUCUCCAUAAGGUUGUUGAUAUUUUAUUUGCUCCAUACAACUAUCUUAUUGAUCGUGGGAAUCGGGAAACCCUAACUAUUGAGUGGAAGAACAGUAUACUCAUAUUUGAUGAAGCUCACAAUCUGGAAAGCAUAUGUGCAGAUGCAGCGUCUUUUGAUUUGCCCUCUGGACUUUUGUCUGCUUGCAUAACUGAAGCAAAGAACUCUAUUGACCUAGCUGUUAGUAAGAGGGCAACUGAAAAAUCAAAUGAUAAGUUGUUUAAGCCAGAUAAUUUUGCUAUUCUUAAAGCUCUUCUACUAAAGCUUGAGAAGCAUAUUGCUGAAGUGCCUAUUGAUCCCAAGGAAUUGGGUUUUACCCGACCAGGGCCUUACAUCUAUGAAUUCCUUGCUGAGUUAAACAUCACACAUGAAACUGCCAGUAUGCUCAUUGAAACAAUUGAUCAGGCUGCAGAGCUGAUUAAUGAUGAUGCAAAUAUGACUGAAAGUAGAGCUCCGUACAAGACAAAAGGCACUAUAUGUAGGCUCGAAAGUAUAAGUGAUAUUCUUAAGAUAAUCUUUAGAAAUGGGGAUAAAGCUCAUGCAAAAUACUACCAAGUUCAUGUGCAGGAAAUAGAAGCAAAUGCUAUAGACACCCUUAAAGGUAAGACAUCUAGGAUGCUCAGUUGGUGGUGUUUCAACCCAGGAAUUGCCAUGGGAGAGUUUAGGAGCCUGGGUGUUGGUUCUAUCAUUUUGACGUCUGGCACCUUAUCUCCUUUGGAUUCAUUUGCACAGGAGCUGAAAUUGGAAUUUCCUGUUCGGUUGGAAAAUCCUCAUGUUAUAUCUUCAAAUCAAAUCUGGGCUGGAAUUGUACCAAAUGGUCCAUCUGGUUGCGCUUUCAAUUCCUCUUAUCGAAAUCGUGAUUCUCUAGAUUACAAGCAAGAAUUAGGGAAUGCCAUUGUUAAUUUUGCUAGAAUUGUACCUGAUGGACUACUGGUUUUCUUUCCAUCUUAUCAUGCUUUGGACCAAUGCAUUGCAUGUUGGAAGAAUGUGAGUCAUUUAAACUCAAAUUCAAGCACAAUCUGGGGAAGGAUCUGCAAACAUAAGCAACCUGUUGUAGAGCCUAAACAAUCUUCCCUUUUCGCUUCCUCGAUUGAGGAUUUUAUGGCUAAGUUGAAGGACACCUCAACUUCUGGUGCAAUCUUUUUUGCUGUUUGUCGUGGCAAGGUAAGCGAGGGAUUAGAUUUUGCUGACCAUGCUGGGAGAGCUGUCAUAAUUACUGGCAUACCUUUUGCCUUGAGGACUGAUCCAAAGGUUCGUCUGAAACGUGAAUACUUGGAUCAUCAGGCUCAAUCACAAAAGAGAGAUUUUAAGGUCUUGACUGGAGAGGAAUGGUACUGUCAACAAGCAUUACGUGCUGUGAAUCAGGCUGUGGGACGUGUCAUCCGUCAUCGCCAUGAUUAUGGAGCAAUAAUUUUCUGUGAUGAAAGGUUUGCACAUCAAAGUCGUCAAUGUCAAAUGUCACUUUGGCUUCAGCCCCAUAUCAAGUGUUUCUCUAAAUUUGGGGAUGUAGUUUUCACAUUGACUCGAUUUUUUCGAGGUGGAGCCAAAUCCAGUCUUGCAAAGCUAAAAUUGACAGAAACCAAAAACAUGGGGAAUGCUAAAGAGGUGAAGAUUACUAGGCCACAGCAAAGCUGUUUACUGGCAUCUCUUACUCAUUUGACUACUUCAGUGGAUGAAGAUUGCUCCGAAAAGCCAUUGUCUUCUGUACUUGAAGCUAGUAGAGGCAACACUUGCAGCCAAUUGGGAGAAAUCCUUCCUGCUAACCGCUCAAAUCUUACUCACAAGCAUGAUUCUCCUUCAACCAUAAAACAUUUAAAAGAUCCGUUUUACAAUCAGAAGAGAUUGCGGGUUUCUGGAAAGAAAUCUUCAAACUAUCAAGACUGUGAAGUGUUAGAUUUAACUUGCAAUUCUCCACAAGAUGAGCAAUCAAGCAUGGCAGAACUUAUUGUACCUUGUUCUUCUAAGAAGCCUAAAAUAAUAGAGAUAGAUUCUGAUGCAAUGGGACAUUCUGUGAACUUUCUUUCUCUUGAGAAUUUACAUAAUGCUAAAAUAGCAAUAUCAAGCUAUACUUACUCCACUAAUAAUUCAGAGACGCAAACACAGCUUUCUACAUGUGGGUUGGCAGAAACUGGUAUUGGUAGCAGUAGUAGUAGCAGAGACAUGCAAAACAAAGGUGUCAUUCCUACUGUACGUUGUGAUGAUGAGGAGAGGAAAGGUUCUGCAUUUUUGAUUCAGGUCAAAGAAAAACUUACUGUUGCAGAAUAUAAGGAAUUUGUGGGUUUUAUGAAGUCACUGAAAUCGAAAACGAUGAAGAUGAGUAAUGUUCUACAAUCAAUUGUGAGACUAUUCUCAGCUCCAGAGAGGCAUCAUCUUUUGAAGAGAUUUAAGGAUUAUAUUCCUGAGAAGUACCACCCUAUGUAUGAGCAACAUCUUAGGCAUGUGCAACAGUUGACAGUGGAUGCGACAAACCAUUCCGUUGAUUAGUUUGUUCAGGGAAAUUGUAUCUUGUACGAACAAUGGGUUUUUGCUUCAUAAGGUCAUAAACUCACUUGAUUGAGGGUAACAUGACAUGGUGUAUUACUUUCUAUCUGCAAGCCAAAGAUGUCCGAGCAGACAGAUGUUCUCUUCAGGUCAUGACUCAUGAGGUGUUUCAAAGACUUGCUUAUUAUUUCAAAUGAAUUGCUUUGUCAAAUGCCCUUGAGCUUCGGACCAGUACAAAAGGUGAGUGGUUCCAUGGUUCCGUAAAUCAUGUGCCAUGUUACGAGUAGUUGCUUUUGGAAAUGUCAGUUAAAAAGGAAGAAAGACUAGGUCAUGGCAACCAAUAUAGCUGGACAGUGCAAGCGUUGAAAAUUGUAGUCAGAAGACAAUGCAUAGAGGCCGUGGCUAUCCCAACACUGAUUUCAGUCUUCACAGUAUAGAACAGAUGUUAUCAUGACUUGAACCAGAGGAUAAAAUAAAAGUGCAUCACUUCAUAAAAUGACGUCCAUAACCGUUGAGUAGACUGCUGACGGUGAGACUGUAAACAUAGUGGGUGUAGACUGUAGUAGUGAUAUCUAGCGACUGGAAGUUUUGUUUGGGUUGACCUUUGAAUCUUAGACACGGAUUUGUAAAACCAGUCGGGGUAGCAAUGGUGAUUAUAUAGAGGCUUAUCCAAAGAUGAAAGAGAUUACGUGGGUGUAAUUUUGUAACUAUCUCUUGAAUAAACACAAUGAGUUGUGAAUUGUGAUGAUGUUGAGGAUUUAGGAGUUAAAACAAUUCUUGGGGAUAAAAUCCUGUAUGCUUACAUUAUUGUAAUCUAUUCUUAGUUAUUUUUU